ACUUAUCUCUGCGUCCCUUAUCCUGACCAAACCAAUUCCCCAUCCAAGCCAUAGGCUCCUUCACCCUCUCUUCUUCCACCAUUUUUGUCUUUUCCCUUUCUCUAUGCUGCCAGCUGCUUCCCUCACCCUCAUCCUCAUCCCCCAUUCCUUCCUUUAUUUCUUCCUAUUCUCUGCUUUUUAGCUUUUGGGCGGCUUCUUCACUGAUUCUUCCUUUCGGAACCCUCGACUGGACCCUUUUCACCCAUUCAAUCGAGGGUUCCCUUUCCUUAUCCGCCUCAGGUUUUCAACGGCUUCCCUUCUCCCCUCUUUGCCGCCCCCAAUGGCUUUGUGGUCUAUACUGCUCGACAUUCUCCAGAGGCCCAGCCCUUUUGCUGUCAUGGCGGAGCUCUCCAUGCUGUUCGCUCCUCUCUGGAUUGCGGUAUUUGUAGGCGUUCUCGUUGGAUGGUCAUGGAGGCCCAAGUGGGCAAUUUUGGCCAAUCAAUCCGAUACCGCUCCACAAUCGCCGGCUUCCUCGAGCUUCAAGCUUCAGCUGCCCAGCUGCAUCUCCUGGAUUUCCAGCGAUGAUUCCCGUCAACCCAACUCUUCUUCUACUUCUCCCCCACCUACUACCACCCUCGCUUCUGAUUCAAGCUCUUCGCAGCCGGGAAAGGGGAAAUCGGGUAGUAUUGUGUCAACGGAUGAUUUGCAGUACUUGGCCAAGCUUGUUGAAGUCAAAGAUGGCGGUCCUGCUUGGAUUCAGAUGAUGGACCGUUCUACGCAGACUAUGAGCUACCAAGCUUGGAGGAGAGAUCCUGAGAGUGGCCCUCCCCAAUACCGUAGCAGAACUGUUUAUGAGGAUGCUACUCCUGAAAUGUUGAGGGACUUCUUUUGGGAUGACGAAUUCAGAAAGAAGUGGGACGACAUGCUCAUACAUUCCGAGACUCUGGAGGAGUGCCCCACAACUGGAACCAUGAUGGUCCAGUGGGUUCGAAAGUUUCCUUUCUUCUGUAGCGACAGAGAGUAUAUCAUUGGUCGCCGGAUUUGGGAAUCGGGCAGAAAGUACUACUGUGUUACUAAGAUCAUCUAUAAGUCUGUGGCAGUGAUAUUGUUCUGUUUUGUCAUACAACUGCCAUCUUUUGGAGUUGAGUUUCACUCGCUUGACAAUAUAGUUAUCUUAACUAGCAUCCCUUUUGUACAUCCCCAGGGCGUCAGCAAUUCCGUUCCAAGGCGUAACAAGCCACGCCGUGUUGAUUUGUACUAUUCAAGCUGGUGCAUCCGUGCAGUGGAAUCAAAGAGAGAUGGACAGCUGACUGCAUGUGAGGUGCUACUGUUCCAUUACGAGGACAUGGGAAUUCCAUGGGAGAUUGCAAAGCUUGGAAUAAGACAAGGGAUGUGGGGAGCUGUGAAGAAGAUCGAGCCCGGUUUAAGAUUGUAUCAGAAAGAACGAGGUUCUGGGGCUCCACUCUCACGUCCCGGUUACAUGGCCCAGAUCAACUCCAAAGUGAGUCCAGACUACCUGAGAUUGUUGGAAAACAGCAGCAGCAGCACUUGUAGUACUUCAUCUGAAUCCGAGAUUGAAACCUCGGGAGAUUCUUCCGAAAAGGCGCAGGGAGGAGGGAGCAUACCUAAGGUUCUAGUAGUGGGUGGGGCUAUUGCUCUAGCAUGUACACUCGACAGAGGGCUACUGACAAAGGCAGUCAUAUUUGGAGUAGCUAGAAGAUUUGCUAAGAUGGGGAGGAGAUUAUGAUAUGGCGAAAAAUUCUUUCAUUUUGCUUCCCCAAAUAGUCGCGAGCUGUGGUGAAAAUGGAGGGGGAAAGGUGCAAUCUGGGAUGGAGACUUGGUCCUUGGAUUGCCCACCCUAUUUGAAGAGAGGAGGGGGGAAUAGAAGAAGCUUUUACUGCAAUUUUCCUUUUCGUUGGGGCCCUUAUUUAUUUCUGUUCUGCACCUGUUGCAGCUUCUGAGGAAGGAGUGGAUGAUGAAUUGAUGAUACAUAAUACACAGCAAAUAGCUGUAUACAAGUUGAUUGAAGGAAAGAAUGAAAUCUAAGCUGCAUGAACAAAAUAACACGAGAACUGGGCAUUAUCUGUGGUGGUCUAGUGACUAGUGAUAUGACUUGUUUAGCUGAUGAUCUCUGGUAAACUUUUCCUGGGGAAGCAGCCAUAAAUUCGCAACUAAGAUAGGUAAGUGAGAGUAAUGGAAGGUGGGUUGUCCACUUCAGAUGUCAGCCAGUAAGUGCAGUCCUUGUAUUUACGAUAGGGCAGCAGCAGCAGCUAAGCUAUGGAAGAUCGGGGGCAUUUGCCGGUGGUUGAAGAUGGAAAUUGGGAAUAUGUUUGGUGGGCCGCAAGAAACAUGAUGUCAAAGAAGUGGGUGGUGGUGGGGGGAAAAGGAGAUGCAUCAUCAGUCUGUGUGUUUAGUUACUUUGGGGAACCUAAUAUUAAUGUAGGCCAUUCACAGUUGUUUUUAACUUCUGUCUUUACUUUUUCCUUUCUGAGCUUUGGUGUGUUCAGGAUUUUGUUCUCUUCUCUUAUGCUCUUCCGGGAGAGAGUGUAGAGGGCAAGCAAUCUAGUGGGCUGAAUGGCUGAUACCUUGAGUGGCAAAUGAUCUUAGUUACUCUGAAGCGGUUUGCUAUGGAAAAAACGCAUUCAAUACUCCGUUCAACUCAUGAGCUAGCUCAUCUUCAACUUGUGAGUUUGUUCGACAAUGUGGCUAGCUAGUCAGCUCGACCAGCGGGCGACUUAUGAGCGAAUCGACCUAUAGCUUAUGAACGUUUUUUGUAAUCUCAGUGACCAACAAUGCAAUUAACCCGAACUUAUUAUAAAUGUUAGU